UUUGCGUGUAUUAUCACUGAUAAGAAUUACGACUGUGAUGACAAUAAUUCGUAAAAAUUAAUUAAAAUUUAUAGUAAAUGUGAUAAUUGUGCUACAUAUUUGUUUUAAAAACGUGCAGAUUCCACUUUGGACUGAAUAUUACGUACCAAUCAAGCAGCAUCUCGCUAUGUAAACUAUCACAAUAGUUGUUUGAAGUCAUUGUUAUUGUACGAAAGCAAAACUUUUAAUUACUUCAAGUUUAUAUAGUGAAAAUGGUCAAGCUAUUCGCCUUAUGUAUACUGUACAAGAAUUCCGAUUCGGCAAUAUGGUUGAAGUCUGCCUACGAUUUACAGUCGUUUGGAUUUUUUCAAAGAGGUAGCAUUCAAGAAUUCAUGGCGUUUUCAAGUAAAACUAUCGUUGAAAGGACACAAAAUGCUACUCGUCAAUCUGUAAAGCAAGGAGAUUAUAUUUGCCAUGCAUAUGUACGUGCUGAUGGUCUUGGUGGUGUUGUUAUUUCUAGUCAAGAUUAUCCGCACAGAGUUGCCCACACUUUGAUCACUAAAGUAUUAAACGAAUUCGCUGAUAAAAUCCCAUCUUCUUCGUGGCCUAAUGCUGUAGAAUCUAGUAUAAAUUUCCCUCAAGCGAAUGUAUAUUUAGCCAAAUACCAAAACCCGAAGGAAGCCGAUGCCAUGACCAAGAUCCAAGAAGACUUGGACGAAACUAAAAUUAUUCUGCAUAAUACCAUCGAAGCUGUGUUACAACGUGGCGAAAAACUAGAUGACUUGGUUUCUAAAUCAGAAGGUUUAAGUAUGCAGUCGAAAGCGUUCUAUAAAACGGCUCGAAAAACCAACUCUUGUUGUAAUCUAGGAUAAAAUUAUUCCUCCAUUUGUACAGCCUGGAAAUGUAAACUAUCGCUGAAAGGUGAUUAAAAAUAUCCGGCAUUCUACAUAAAUGCUUGCUUGUUGUCAAUUUUCAUUGUUUUUCCGGCUGUUAUGUUUUCGUUUCGUUCAUGUUUCGCUUAAAUAAGUUUUAAUUCGCAUGUAUUCUUGUAAAAUAUGUAAAUUUGUUGAUUGAAGUUUUUAAGUUAUAUCAAAUACGUUACCGUUUUAUUUUCAUUUCCUAUUUUUUUGUUAAAAAACGAUCUUCCAAAAUGUAUUGGUAAUUUUGGCGACGAUACGUUCAUUUUAAAUAUUCAGCAUUAUGGUAUUCUCAAAGAAUAUUUGUUAGGAUAAAUAGAUUAGCUAAUAUUUUAUAGUACCAACAUUCCAACUAAAAAAAAAUUAUAUUGCGGAUUUAGUUAUAGUGAGAUUAGAAACAAAAUCGAAUUAUCUGUAAUAAUUUUACGAUUGUAGGAAAUCUGUCAAAAAUGGUUAUAUUAUUAUUUGAUAUUGUGUAGCUUAAUUUAUUUAAUUUAAUACAUAAUAAAUAUGUGUUUAAAGCGUGUUUUUAUAAAAAAUAUUUCGUACAUCCUCCACUUAACUGUUUUUUUUUCUCGAAUGAAUAAGAUUUUAAUUUUCCUACUGAAACUAUAUAUUUAUUACAUGUUUUCUACAUAAAUGUACAAUUUUUAUUUCAUUACAAUUCUUAUUUUAU